AUGCAGGAAAACGCGGUGGCCAAAGAGCUCAGCGAGGGUCAAGGAGCUAACCGUUUCAGGUACCAAAGCUUCAACAACCGGGUCAACCAGCUCAAGAUCAAGAUCACUCGGCAAGUCGGCCAAAAGGACAAUGCGACAGUUGAAACAGGAUCUUUCUUUAACGACUCUCUCGAGGGAUGGAAGGAGCUGAACUUGUCUGCACCCUUCGUGCGGUUCGCUCUCGACGUCAAGAACUACUGCCAGACUCUCCCACAGCUUCUCUACCACAAGGAUCAGGUAGUGGAGCUGUUGAUCAAGAACUUGAACGAAGGAAAUGUUCUCGCUCUGGAGCCCAUCCUCGAUCUGACUACACAACUCUCCAAGGAUUUGGAUGACGAACUCUACCCAUACUUCGACCGCCUCUUGACCGCUAUUCUUCCCCUCGUCGACUUUCGUGAUGUCAAGGUCAUUGAGUGGGCAUUCAACUGCAUAGCUUCGCUAUUCAAGAAGUACUCGGAACAACUGCGGACGAAUCUCUGCCCUACCUUCAAGUAUGUGAUAUAUGCAGUCAAAGUCAGACCCACUAUAUACGCUCAGCCAUAUUACACGUUAUUAACAACCACUGUCUCCAUCUACAACAGGCUUUUAGCACCGAUGCUCGGCGAGGACAACUCACAAAAGCCAUAUAUCCGCAACUUUGCAGCAGAGUCGUUCUCAUUUCUUAUCAGGAAGGCACCCGUCGACCACCUCAAAGUUAUUAUCGCCUAUAUUCUCACACUCCUGCGCGAAACGCCUACGGAAGACUUUGUCGAGGGCGUGGCCAAGCUGUUGUUCGAGACAAUCAAGCUCGUCGGCAACCAGUUCCAACAUCGUGGCGUGGAUGUCGUCCUCAGAGAGGUUAUCAGGGCAUUGAAGCAGGAGCAGGAUGUCGAGGUCACGGAGAAGGGCAUGAGUGACAACGCAACUUUCAGGACACUCUGCAAGACCCUCGUUCUCAUGGUUCACUACUCGACCAAGGAGCAUUUCAAGGGCGUUUGCGAGAUGCUGUUGUCAGAGUUAACAUCGAGUCUCGACAUGGCUGUGACGGCCGAAAAUGCUCAGAGGAGAUGGCUCAAUAUUGCAGAGUCGAUGGCACUCUUGAAUGUGUGUGUCUCUGUCAGGAAGGGAAACCGCAUCGAUGACUUUGUCAAGAUUUACGAGAAGGCCAUCAAGGUUUCGACAUUGACCCUGGCUCCUCAGGCCAAGGCACCCGCUGUUGUUGUCCAGGAGCUGGCCAAGCUCUCUAGCUCCGUCUUGGUCUUCUCGCCCUUGGAGAGCGUUCUCUUCCCUGGAGGACUUUUGCUCGAGUCGAUUUACAAGCACGAGGAUGUCUCUACUGUGUUGGCAUUCUCGAUUUCCUUGAUCAACUUGAAGUGGAGCCACUACACCCAAAUCCUCCUUCCUCACAUUGUCAAGUACUGCGCUGCUCACUGGAACGCUCAGAACUCGUGCCAGAUCAUUGUCUUUUUGGCGACCCUCCUCACUUCGAACGUCCUUACCCUGACACCCGGUAUGAUUGCCGCAACGGUUGAUGAAAAUGGAUUGCUCAAGUUCCCUCUCGCUAAGGCACUCACAACAAAGAAGAAGACGACCAAGGCAUCCGCGGAGGACACUGAGCGCAUCGUGGACGGAAUUUUGCGAUUGUUGUCUGAGCCAUGCGACUGGAAGGCUGAGGCUGACAUGCUGGGCAACGUCACUCUGGAAGAUGACAAGGAUAGCAGUGCUAUCCCUCGCAUCGCAUUGGUGACUGCUGCUCUUUCGAUCGUCCCCCACAUCUCUUCACCCUUCGCUUCAACAACCGACACCACCAUGAAAUUGCUCAGCUCUUUGUUGCAGGCAUUGUCAAAGGAGGACCAGUCUAUCACUCUCCAGAAGCGACCCUUCGUCCAGGGAUCCGCCAUGGCUACUCUGCACAUCCUCCUGGGUGAGACGAUCGAGAUCCUCUCUGUCAUCUGCGAGCGAUCGGGCGAAGCUGGAGCCAAGCUCCUUGCCAGCCACUGGGAUGUUAUCAUCAAGGAUGCUCUCUACAACUACGGUUCCAACGAGGUCGUCCUUCGUGGUGUCGGCAAGUACUGCACCGUUCUCAAGCAGAGCAAUGUCUCUGGCAAGCUUUUCUCGACUGAUACUCUUCGGGAACUCUACCCUAAGCUCGAAAAGAACAUCAACUCGUUGCAGCACAGGCGGAGACUUCACACCCUUGAGAUCCUAUCCAGCUUCGACAUUAUUCCCUUUGAGGACAAGGAUCCUCAGCAAAAGUCUGCCCCACAGAACGACAUCCUCUGGCAGUGUUUGGCGAUUGAAGCCAUCGAGGUCACUGUCGAGAACUACAGAGAGAAGACCAUGCAGAUCCGCAAGCUCCACACUAUGGUUGCAUCUGGCAGAGUUAACGACUUUUACAAGACCGUCGCCAUGCGUCUUUGCUUGGGUAUCUUGACGAUCAACUUCCAGCCCCUUUGGGCGGAUGCCACGACGCUCCUUGUCAAGACGGCCGAGAUCUACCCCGACGCCUUCUGGGAGCUGUUGUUUGGAGAAAUCAAGCGGUUCGAAGACGAAGCGCUUUUGGUCGAGAGUGGUCUGUCAGCUCAGGCGAUUGCCGACUACCAUGAUGCGCAGGCUCGCCUCGGAUUGGGCGCCGAGAUCAAAGAGGCCAAGAAGAAAGGAAUCAACUUUGACUGUCCCAACUUCCGCAAGGUCCGUCGUUCCAACGAGACCGCCUUUGAGCUCACUGAAGUCGCCAAGCAGAACAUGGCUUUGAUCAUGCACUUUAUGAAGGUCUAUGCUCCCGGCGCUGACCGUCUCGACUACUGGAACUACUACAGUCUGAUCUUGAAGGCCCUGGCUGAGGUUCCCUCCAUUGCCGAGGUUCACAAUCGUCAGAUCGUCUCCGUCUUUUUGACGUUCAUCAAGGAGGAGUAUGAGCCAGCAUGGAACCGCAAGGACGAGCGCGACCUGGAUGACGAUGAACAGGAGGAAGAUGCCGUCGAGAUGAUGAAGGUCCUCCCCAAGACUGCCAAGGAUACUAAGGAGCGCCUUCACCUCUUCUUGGCCCUUUUCGCCAAGUUCAAGAACCCUAAGCAGACCUAUGAGAGCGCCACCAUGCGCGAGCUUUACUUGCGCAUGUUGACCAUCGGAGAUGCUCCUCUGCAGACCCUCGCCUUGAACUGUUUGUUUACGUUCAAAUUGCCAGCUCUGGUUCCAUAUCAUGACAACCUCAAGAACAUGUUGGAUGACGUCAAGUUCAGGGACGAGUUGUCGACCUUCAUCAUUGCCGACAGCGAGAGUUCGAGCAUUGGAUCAGUUCACCGUGACGAGGUCAUGCCCAUCAUCAUCAGACUUCUCUACGGCUGCAUGAUUUCGAGAAAGGGCAAGGGGUCCGCCAAGGCCGGUAUGUCUGCUCGUCGCAAGGCCGUCUUGACCGCCCUCGGAGGAUGCAAGCCCACGGAGCUUGGCUUCUUUGUUUCGCUCAUGCUCAGUCCCUUCGACAUGGGCACCUCCGGAAUCGUCGACAGCAGAUUUGUCUUUGUGACCGAUCCUUCUGCCGAGCGUGGCUCGGUUGGCCACAUCCGCAAGCAGAUCGGUUUCCUCAACAUCAUGGAGGAUGUCAUCAAGAUGCUCGGCACCACCCUCAAGCCUUUCAUUCCUCAGCUGUUGACUGCUGUCCUCUGCAUGAUCAACCAGGCCCAGGAGCGCAUGAACCUUGAUAUGGUCGACCAGUCGAUGCUCGGUGCCGAGGAGGGUAUGAUCGAGACACUCCAAAUCAAGCAGCUCAAGGAUGUUCGCCAAUUCGGUAUCAAGCGCAUCACCAAGCUCUUCAGCCUGCCCAACACAGGCUUUGACUUUGAGCCCUACGUCCCCGCCAUGUUCGAGUCCUUCCUGAACAGACGUGUUGGUCGCUUGGAUAUCGAGAGCACCCAGGCUCCCUCGGCCAUCAUGGAGCUUUUCUCCACAUGGGCCAGUCGCAAGGAGUAUGUCCCCUUCCUCAUCAACUACAACAAGGACGUCCUUGUGAAGCUUUACGGCUGCUUGUCGGCCAAGAAGGUUCGCGAUCCUGUCAUCUCGAUGGUCCUUGAGAUUUGUGAGGAUAUCUUGGGCCACUGCUUCGAGGAGAACGAUCUCGCUGAGAAGCCCCUGACGACCCAGGUCUUGAUUCCUUACACCGACUGCCUCCUCGACAACCUCGAGAUCGUCCUCACCAAGGGCAGUAGCGACGCAAAGUUUGGCAAGGACAGCUUCUCCAAGAGGGAAAUCUCGAUCUUGUCCCAGGUGGCUACUUACGUCAAGAACGGUCCUCAGGCUAUCAAGUUGAUCGACCUUCUGCUCCCCAGUCUCAAGAAGAGCCCAAGAGUCGUCCCUGAGCGCACCAAGGCCGACAUUUUGCGCAUCAUUGUCAACUUUAUGCCCAUUAUCCCCGAGUUGACGCCCCAGAGUUCCCUCUUCACCACAUACUUCAACAACAUUGUCAACCUCUUCUCAAUGUUGAUGUCCAGAGAGUGCCGCGUGUUGUUGGUGGCCAUCAUGGACGCGUUCGCCAAGAUCGACUCAUCCUUCACUGCUGCCGCGUCCCUCAUUGCGGAUCUCAACUCGUUCUCGACUACCCGUAUUGAUAUGCCUGAUUUUGACCGCCGCAUGGACGCCUUCAACCUGUUGACCAACUCGCUCUACAAGGAUCUCAACGACCGUCAGUGGCUCCCUGUUCUCCACAACAUGAUGUUCUACAUUCGUGACCCUGAAGAAAUGUCUAUCCGAAGCAACUCAACCUUUGCCUUGACCCGAUUCAUUGACCAGUGCGCCGAUCUCGACCCUCAGGAUCCCCAACACGAGCUCUUCAGGGGACUCUUGGCCCACGUCAUCUACCCCGGUCUCAAGAAGGGCUUCAAGUCUCCCAUCGAGUUGGUUCGAUUCGAGUUUGUGUCCGUCCUUGCCCAUGCCGUCAAGCGUUGCCCCGAUCAGGUCCAAUUCUCGGAUAUGUCGGCCCUGUUGGUCGGAGGUGACGAGGAGGCUUCCUUCUUCACCAACAUUUACCACAUCCAGCUUCAUCGUCGUAUCCGUGCCCUCAACCGUUUCGCCGAGGAGUGCACCAAGGGAACCUUCCGCCCAUCGACCUUGACCCAGAUCUUUGCCCCCUUGAUCGCCCAUUUCAUUUUCGAGUCGGACAAGAGCACGGACCACAACUUGGUCAACGAGACCGUUGCAACUCUCGGAAUCAUUGCCUCUCAGUUGCCCUGGAGCUCCUACUAUUCGCUUUUGAGGACUUAUCUCAAGCUGAUCCCCCGCAAGGCUGAGAUGGAGAAGAUCCUCGUUCGUACCGUCAUUGCCAUCCUCGACAACUUCCACUUUGAUAUCAAACAUGUCGAGGUAUCGCCCGAGGAGGCCCUCGCCAUUGUCCACAAGCGAGUACGCGUCAGCAAGCCCAAGGUCGACCGCAGAAUGGCCAAAGGUGAUGAUGAUGAGAUGCCCGAUGUCGAGGGCUCUAAGCUCCGUCGUCGUGAUGCCGAAGGUGACGUUGAUAUGGAGGAGGCCCCUAUGCCCCAGAUUGGCGAGGCUCCUGACGCUGUCGAGACUGAGGCUGAGAAGGAAGCUGAGGAGGAGGCUGAAGAAGAGGAUGAGGGGAACGACGAGGAUGCCGAUGAGGACGACGAAUCGAUGCAGGUUGAGCUUUCUUCCGCCGAGGCUGCCGCUGCCCUUGCCGGACGCAUCCACGACACCGUCAUCCAGAAGUUGCUCCCCGAGCUCCACCGCUACCUCACCAACCGUGACGACACCAGUGUCAUGAUCCGUGUCCCUGUCGCUUUGGCCAUCACCAAGCUUCUCAAGGCUCUUCCCGAUGUCUCCCUCCGCACCAACCUUCCUGGCCUGUUGACUUCGGUGUGCCAGAUUCUCAAGAGUCGUCAGCAGGAGGCCCGUGAUACCACUCGCGAUACCCUAAUCAAGAUCACAAUGUUCUUGGGUGCCGGCUACUUCAACUUUAUCCUAAAGGAGAUGAAGGGUGCCUUACUCCGCGGUUACCAGCUCCACGUCCUUGGUUUCACUGUCCACGCCAUGUUGACCCACCUGGUGCCCACUUUGCAGGUCGGUGACCUCGACUACUGUCUCAAGGAUAUUGUCGACGUCUUGAUCAACGAUAUCUUUGGUGAGACUGGUAUCGAGAAGGAGACUGAGGAGAUUACCGGCAAGAUGAAGGAAGCCAAGAGCAACCUCAGCUUCCAUUCGUUCGAGCUGAUGGCCGGCAUCAUCGAGUUCAAGAACAUGGGAUUGAUCAUGAUUCCUAUCAAGGAACUCUUGAGCGAGUCAGAGGCCGUCAAGGUGAUGCGCAAGGUCGACGAGGUCAUGCGUCGCCUGGCCACCGGUUUGAACAGCAACCCCCAUUUCGAAACCAAGGAAACCCUCAUUUUCUGCCACGGUUUGAUCUCGCAGAACCUGGAGUUGUCCAAGACUAAGGAGGAGAUCAAGAAGCAAAAGUCGCGCAUGGAGAUCAACUACACCGUCGACACCAAGCGCCCUACUCAGUUGUCGACCGACUGCUUCCCUGCCAACGCUCACCGCUUCGUGGCUUUCGGUCUUCACAUUUUCCGUUCUUCGUUGACCCGCAACAAGUUUGACGUCCGCUCGACCGAGCAAUUGGCCCUCCUGGACCCCUUUGUCAAGGUUGUCGGUAACGGUGUCUUUGCCAAGCACCCCGAUGUCAUCCAGCAGUCGCUCAAGAUCAUGUCUCUCCUCGCUAAGCUCAAGUUGCCUUCGCUCGACAAGGGACUCCCUGUUGUCAUCAAACAGACCUUUGUUCUUCUCAAGGCUCAGGGUUCUACCAAGUCGGAGAUUGCCCAGAGCUGCUUCAAGAUGUUGGCGAUCGCCAUGCGCGAGAGCAAGGUUAUUGUGCUCAAGGAGGACCAGCUGACGAUGCUUCUCAACAUGAUCAAGCCCGAUUUGGAGGAGCCCGAGCGCCAGACUACCACCUUCGCCCUCAUCCGUUCCAUCGUUUCCCGCCAGUUUGUGGUUCCCGAGAUGUACGAUAUCAUGAUGAACAUUUCGGAGAUCAUGGUCACUUCGCAGAGCCACCAAGCCCGUGAGGAGUGUCGCCGCGCUCUUCUCCAAUUCCUUUUGGACUACCCCCAGGGUCGUGGUCGUCUCCGCAACCAGAUGAACUUUUUGGUCAAGAACUUGAGCUACGUCUUUGAGAGCGGUCGUCAGUCGGUGAUGGAGAUGAUGCACUUCAUCAUCCAGAAGUUUGCGGACGAGAUUCUCAUGGACUAUGUCGAGCUUUUCUUUUUGGCGUUGGUGAUGCAGCUCGUCAACGAUGACUCGAGCAAGUGUCGUGAGAUGGCCGGUUCGUUGAUCAAAGCCCUCUUCCAGAGAAUGAACCGUCCCAAGCUCGACAACAGUUAUGUCUUGCUCGCCAAAUGGUUCGACCAGACCGAGCAGCGCAGUCUCCAGCGCGCGGCUUCUCAGGUCUACGGUUUGGCCAUCGAGGCUUUCGGCCCUGCCUUCAAGAAGCAGAUCCCUGUUUUGGUUCCCCGUCUCAAGUUUGCGCUCGAGUCGAGUUUGCAGAUCAUGCAGGAAGCCCAGGAGCAGGCUGCCGAGGCUGACAAGUUUGAGGAGCAGGAGCAGGAUGCGAUGGAUCUCGAUGCCGAGUGGGAGGUUGGCUACUAUGCCCUCAACACCUUCACCAAGCUGGUCAAGCAGUUCCCCAAUGUUAUCAACUCGAGCGAGGUGACCACCUUGUGGCCCUUGAUCCGCGAGCACAUGCUCCACCCUCACGCCUGGGUUCGUUUGUCGGCCACUCGUCUGUUUGGCUCCUUCUUUGCAGGUAUCGACCCCGUCACCCGUUCCCCUGUCAAGGAUGCCUCAUCGGAUUUGGUGCUGUCACCCGAGAUGAUCAAGUCUGUUGCCCAGAUGUUGUGCGAGCAACUCAAGAGUGAGUUCUUGUCCAAGGAUCUUGGAGGACAGAUUGUCAAGAAUCUAUUCUUUAUCGCCAAGGUCUUCUAUGCUCUUCCUUUUGACCAGCAGGAGGACGAUGAAGAGAGCAAUGAAGAUGAUGAAGACGAAGAUGAGGAGGCCGAAGAAGAGGACGGAGAGGAGGAGGAAGGCAAGAAGACCACCGAGGCCAAGCAGCCUGUCAAGAGAAUGCUGUACUGGUUGGUCAAGCGCCUCUCGUUCUUGUCGCGCGGUGCUGCCAUGAGGAACAAUAACGACCGGUCUGUGAUCCAGCAGACCUGCAUCUUUCAGUGCAUGGCUGCCAUUACCACCCAUAUUCACCAGGACGAGCUCAAGCCAUACCUCAUCCCCAUUAUCUCGCCCAUCUACCGCAUCGUCAAUGACGAAACCGCCAAGGGCACCGAAAUCGAGGAGCUCAAGAAGCUGGGUUCAGAGGUUUUGGACUUGGUCCAGAAGCGCGCAGGUACAACCGACUACUUUAAGGCCUACAACAAGGUCCGCCAGCACGUGCUCGAGGUCCGUCGCGAGCGCAAGCAGAAGCGCGUCAUGCAGGCCAUGAACGACCCCCAGGCCCGGGCCCGUCGUCGUCUCCAGAAGAACGAGAUGAAGUCGCGCAAGCGUCAGCUCAAGACCAAGGAGUAUGCAAAGGACAAGGUCCGCCUGACCACCAUCAAGAAGCGUCGUGUCGAUUAA